AUGCGUUUCGCCGCCAUUGUUUCGUUCUUGCUGCCACUUGUGGCGGCAAAGCCUGCUCAGAAGGGCAAGACCUUUAGCAACGUUGAGAUCUUUGAUCCUCCUUCCAACUACAACGACCCUCAGGUCCUCUACGCUCGCCCUCUUGAGCUUUCAGAUGGUACGCUUCUGGCUACUUGGGAGAACUACUCUCCCGAGCCUCCUCAUGUUUGGUUCCCCAUUGUCAGGAGCAAAGAUGGCGGAAAGACUUGGAAACCUUUCUCCAAAGUCCAGGAUACUCAGAACAACUGGGGUCUGCGAUAUCAACCCCAGCUCUAUGAGCUCCCCCGGCGAUUCGGAAAGUAUCCCAAGGGUACAGUUCUUAUCUCGGGCAGCAGUAUCCCCACUGAUUUGAGUGAAACUCUUAUCGAGGUCUAUGCUAGUCUUGAUAAGGGUGAAACUUGGGAGUUCGUCAGCCAUGUUGCUCUUGGUGGCGAGGCCAAACCCGAGCAUGGGCUUACCCCAGUUUGGGAACCUUUCCUGAUGACAUACAAGGAGAAGCUCAUUCUGUACUAUUCUGAUCAGCGCGAUAACGCUACCCACUCCCAAAAGCUUGUUCACCAGACCACCACUGAUCUCAAGAAAUGGAGCUCUGUUAUUGAGGACACCAAGUACGAUGACUACUACGCUCGCCCUGGUAUGCCCACUGUCGCCAAGCUCCCCAACAACGAGUACAUUUACACCUACGAGUAUGGUGGCGGCCCCAACCCUCCCGCCGGCAGCACCUACUGGUUCCCCGUCUUCUACCGCCUCUCCAAGGACCCCCAGAAGUUCCUCAACAAGCCCGGUCAGCAGAUCAUCUCUACCGACGGUGCUCGUCCCGCUGGUUCUCCCUACGUUGUUUGGACUCCUUAUGGUGGAAAGAACGGUACCAUUGUCGUUAGCUGCGGCACCAUGUCUGAGAUCUUCACCAACCAGGCUCUUGGUGAUGCGUCCGCUUGGAAGAAGUGGAGCGUUCCUCAGCCUACAGCAUACACUCGUGCUCUUUUGACCUUUAAAAAGGAUCCUGAUCUGCUUAUGAUUAUGGGCGCAGGUAUUCUUCCUCCUGCUGGUGGAAACAACACCGUCAGUGCUAGUGUUGUUAGACUUUCUGAAAUCAUGAAGGCUUAG